CGUUAACCUCGGGAUCAGUUUGGUCAAAGCUCCUGCCCUUGUAAGAGACCAGGGAUCCCCAUCCUCAACGUGCUUGUGCCCCCCACCAGAAGCGGAUCUCGGCUGCCUGGCGACGUUCUGUUGCCAGUGCGUUCGUGCAUGGAUGACUCUGGAAAGCUCUGGAAGCACUCUGGAUGCCAGUGCCCAACCCAUUCUCAUACUUAUUCCCAAGCUCCUGGACUCUCACCUUCUGGAAGAACAACUGAUUAUGCCUUUGAGAUGGCUGUUUCAAAUAUUAGGUAUGGAGCAGGAGUUACAAAGGAAGUUGGCAUGGACCUACAAAAUAUGGGGGCCAAAAACGUUUGCUUGAUGACAGACAAGAACCUCUCCCGGCUGCCUCCUGUCCAAGUAGCUAUGGAUUCCCUAGUGAAGAAUGGCAUCCACUUUCAGGUUUAUGAUAAUGUGAGGGUGGAACCCACAGAUGCAAGCUUCAUGGAUGCUAUUGAGUUUGCCAAAAAGGGAGCCUUUGAUGCCUAUGUGGCUGUAGGCGGCGGCUCCACCAUGGACACCUGUAAAGCUGCUAAUCUGUAUGCAUCCAGUCCAAACUCUGAUUUUCUAGAUUACGUCAAUGCCCCCAUUGGGAAGGGAAAGCCAGUGUGCGUGCCUCUGAAGCCUCUGAUAGCAGUCCCAACAACCUCAGGAACUGGGAGUGAGACUACUGGGGUUGCCAUCUUUGACUAUGAACACUUGAAAGUAAAAACUGGCAUUGCUUCAAGAGCCAUCAAACCCACACUGGGACUGGUUGACCCUCUACACACCCUCCACAUGCCUGGCCAAGUGGUUGCCAACAGUGGCUUCGAUGUGCUUUGCCAUGCCCUGGAGUCAUACACUGCCAUUCCCUACCAUAUGCGGAGCCCCUGCCCUUCCAAUCCCAUCACACGGCCAGCGUACCAGGGCAGCAACCCAAUCAGUGACCUUUGGGCAGUCCAUGCACUGCGGAUCGUCGCUAAAUAUCUGAAGAGGGCUGUCAGAAAUCCUGAUGAUAUUGAAGCAAGGUCUAAUAUGCACUUGGCAAGCACUUUUGCUGGCAUUGGAUUUGGAAAUGCUGGUGUUCAUUUGUGCCAUGGGAUGUCUUACCCAAUUUCAGGCUUAGUGAAGACAUAUAAAGCAAAGGAUUAUGAUGUGGAUCAUCCACUGGUGCCCCAUGGCCUUUCUGUGGUGCUCACGUCCCCAGCGGUGUUCACUUUCACGGCCCAGAUGUUUCCAGAGCGGCACCUCGAGGCGGCGGAGAUUUUGGGAGCGGACAUCCGCAGCGCCAGGACCCAGGACGCAGGGCCCGUGUUAGCAGACAGGCUCCGGAAAUUCUUAUUCGAGCUGGACGUGGAUGAUGGCCUAGCUGCUAUUGGUUACUCCAAGGCCGACAUCCCUGCCUUAGUGAAGGGAACACUGCCCCAGGAAAGAGUCACCAAGCUUGCACCCCGUCCCCAGUCUGAAGAGGACCUGUCUGCUCUGUUUGAAGCUGCCAUGAAACUGUACUGAUCACCAUUUUAACUGAUGGAAGAACCUCCUGCCAUUGUAGUUCUGGAAACAGAAGUUGAUCCAGAUAGAGUUUUGUCUUUUCACCUCCACAUGUAACUUACCUGAACAUGAGAUAACGGAGCCUGCAGGAGGUUCCUUGAUGCCCAGAGUCAAGUUAUUUCCAUUCAAACUACACAAAUGCCCACUGGGUCAGACUCUGGGGCCACACCUCGGGGUCAGUGUUCCCUGCCUAAGCCCCACAGAAUAGUCUACUCUGUUCCCUUAUUCCCUGUUCAAGCAGGCAAAAACUCAGGAUCUAGCAAAAAGUGUAAAUUUACAUAUUCUGGGGUGGUUAUGGUGUCACGACAGGUUAAAGUUGCAAUGCCAGCAUCCAUAUUAGAGCUCUGGUUCGAGAGCUCUGGCUGCUCUGCUUGUGAUCCAGAUUCUGUUCACGCAUCCUGGGAGGCAGCAGAUGAUGGCACAGGUGCUUGGGCCCCUGCCACCCAUGCGGGUGACCUGGGUGGAAUUCCAGGCUCCUGGCUUCCGCCUGGCCCAGCCCUGGCUGUUGCAGGCAUUUGGGGAGUGAACUUGUGAAUGACAGACUCUCUCUCUCUCUCUCUCUCUCUCUCUCUCUCGUAGAUGAAAAUAAAUACUUUUUUUUUAAGUUUUAAACAACACCCACAUCCUAUACCCAAUAACUGCAUGUCUAUAAAUGUAUCCUCUGGGAAGGGUAUUUCUGGCAGUAUAUUUUCUAAUUAAAAAAAGAUACAACUUAAACAUUCGUUAAUAAUAUAUGGACAAAUAAAUCACUGCAUAUUAAACAAA